ACCAAAAAGAACGUGUGAACGCAAUUUUAUUUUGGUUGUUCUGAACUUCCCCGCCGUGGGAAGGUGUAUAUGUCAACAAUUAUUUUGUUAUAAUUAAUCAGCAAUAUUGUUUGAAUAUAAAAGUUAAAAAGUACAAUGACAACUGAAAGAGACUAUGCACCGUUGAGUGCAGCUUGUGUCCGAUCUCUCAGUGACAAAUUAUAUGAGAAAAGAAAAGCUGCUGCUCUGGAGAUAGAAAAGAUGGUAAAAGAAUUUUCUGCCCACAAUAAUACGUCACAAAUAAAACGCCUGUUAAAAGUAUUAGGUCAAGAUUUUGCAACCUCUCAAAAUCCUCACGGUCGAAAAGGAGGUUUGAUUGGACUUGCAGCCAUAGCUGUCGGUCUCGGUAAAGAUGCCGGCCAAUACACAGAGGACCUGAUUCAUCCAAUUCUUGCAUGUUUCUGUGAUCCCGAUCUUAGAGUUCGAUACUAUGCUUGCGAAAGUCUUUACAAUGUUGUCAAAGUUGCAAGAGGAGCCGUUUUACCACAAUUCACAGAUAUUUUUGCUGCACUUAGCAAACUGGCAUGCGAUUCCGAACAAACUAUUAAAAAUGCCACUGAACUUUUAGAUAGAUUAAUGAAGGACAUUGUAACUGAAAGUGGAAUGUUUGACUUGGUUGGAUUUAUGCCUUCGCUGCGUGAACGUAUUUACACGAAAAGUCCUUUCGGUAGACAAUUUGUCAUUUCCUGGGUGUCGGUUUUGGACGCAGUGCCUGAAAUAGAUUUCAUUAUCUUUCUGCCAGAAAUUCUUGAUGGUUUGUUUAAAAUACUUGAAGAUCCAGCGCCUGAAAUAAAAAAAAUCACCGAUACGGUUCUUGGGGAAUUUUUACGGACAAUUAAAUCCAAUUCAUCGCGAGUAGAUUUUUCUGGCAUGAUAAAUAUUCUCAUCACUCACGCACAAAGUACAGAUGACCUUUUACAGUUGACAGCAAUUACGUGGAUAAAAGAGUUUGUCAAUUUAUCUGGUCCUUUAAUGUUGCCUCAUGUUUCUGGAAUAUUGACAGCAGUUUUGCCAUGUUUAGCCUACGACGUUGACACGAGGAAGAACAUUAAAGAAACAGCCACGCAAGUUAAUGUUAAUCUUAUGAAAUUAAUAACUAUUGAGUCUGUUGAUGUGUCGACUAGAUCACUUCACUUGAGUGAACAUGCGAAAGAAGAAAACGUUUCAGGUGACAAAACCCAAAAUCGUCAUCUAAUUGACAGUUUAAAACUGUCAAGUGUCGUGGAAGUUCUUACCAAGCACCUGAUGCACACAUCAGUUCAAACGAAAGUAGCUGUUUUAAAAUGGAUACAUCACUUAUUUACGAAUAUUUCUGAUAAAAUGUUCCACCAUUUAGAUGAUCUGUUUCCUGUUUUAAUGCGCACCUUGAGUGACAGUUCAGACGAAGUGGUGCAACAGAAUUUAGUAGUUUUAGCCGAAAUAAUUGGUUCGAAAUAUCCUGAAUCGACAACUGGAAAGUCAGAUUCAUCUGUACAAAAUAAGUAUUUUCCAAAGUUUAUUAUUAAUUUAUUAAGAUUAUUUUCAACUGACAGACAUCUUCUGGAAGAAAGGGGUGCUUUUAUAAUAAGAGAAUUAUGUGUAUUACUGAGUGCGGAAAAUAUUUAUAAAACUGUGGCAGAGAUUUUGUUGGAGGAACAGAACUUGAGGUUUGCUGGCCUGAUGAUUCAAACGUUAAAUGUUAUUCUUUUGACUAGUUCCGAACUAUUUGAAUUACGAAACAAAUUAAAGGAUUUAGAUUCAGAGGAAAGCUGCAAAUUAUUCAUCUGUCUGUAUGAAUCCUGGAGUCACAAUCCAGUAGCAACUGUGUCUCUCUGCCUUUUAACGCAAAAUUACAGCCAUGCUUGUGAACUAGUCAAAGCAUUUGGGAACAUUGAAGUAACUGUGGAGUUUUUAACCGAAAUUGACAAAUUGGUGCAACUUAUCGAAUCCCCAAUAUUUACAUAUGUCCGACUAGAAUUACUAGAAAGAGAGAGAAACGAAUCCUUGGUGCAUGCUCUGUAUGGACUUUUAAUGAUACUUCCACAAAGCGAGGCGUUUGAUACAUUGCAUCGACGAUUAGCGGCAAUCCCUCCAAGCUUCAAUCCUGUAUCUAGGACAAAGAACGUUUUACGAGGAGAAGAUUUUAAUAAACACAAUAUUGAUUUUAAGAGACUAUUAAACCACUUCAUUGGAGUUCAAGAAAGGCAUAAAGAACAAAAGCACAAGUUAAAAAUUAAUAUGCUGACGGACAGGGAAUCUACUUUUACAGAUAUAUUAUAAUUUACAUUGAAGAAAACUAGAACUAAUUCUUUGUUUUCUUCCUUGUCCCUCUGUGAGUAGGGGACUUCAGCGGAAUAACAUAACUAAUUUCAUUAUUAUUUGCUAUUGUUUAGAAAACUUGAAAUUUCUCUGGGAAAUGUGUUUUUUAUAAAUAGCUAAGGGAUAAGUUGUGACAAAGCCGUAGUUAUUAAAACGACACUUCAACUUUUGGAGCUACAUAAUAAAUGAGUAAUAUUAAUGCAACAUUACUGAUAAAAAAUUGUUUAUAAUUAUAAUAAGAUUUAUUCAAGUAA